GCUAUGUCCGCUGCACGAAAGAAAUUGCGUACAACCACACCUACCACCACCAAGAAGGUGACGAAGAAGACCAAGCCAGGUGGUACCACUCGAUCCAGGGCGCAGACAAAGGGGCAUGGUGAUAGUGAUGUGCCUCCAACGGAUGAAGAGUGGGCGAAAUUGAAAAAGAACUCAAGGUUUUACAUUAUGGACGAGGACCAAGAGCAACAUCGGUUUCAGCAGGGUGACUUCCUUGCAGUCUGGUGUGGCGCGGAACCAGACGGAGCUGCCGACCAAGAUCGACCACUUUGGCAGCUCUGGAUUGGCAAGAUGAUUGAGAUGGCCCAAAGAGCCUCGCCUGACGAUACUUGGAUCAAGGUAGAGUGGUUCUACUCUGGCCAAGAUGUCAAGCAAGAAUGCAAGUCUUUUGACGCCUCUAGUUGCGGCAGGUAUGAACGGAUUCUCUCAAGCCACUGCGACUAUGUUACAGCUCAUAGUGUUAGUGGUAUUGCUGACAUAAAGCCAUACGACGAAAGAAGCCUGAACCCACGGACUUUCGACGAUGAGACCUUUUACUACCGUCGAACCUAUGAUCAUCUCAAGCGUCGCAUCACACAUAAUAUUGAGGCUACAUGCAUAUGCAGAAGCCCAUAUAACCCAGACGACAACAUGUUGAUGCAUUUCUGUCCGCGAAAGGGCUGUCGUCGCUGGUACCAUGCCAUCUGCCUCCGCAACAAUCUCUAUAUGGACGAUGAUCCUGAACCUGGCUGGGACGUAUCCCUACUCCGCUCAAAUCCCGACUCUAGGGAGCCCUUCGUUGUACCGCCAUCUGACUCUGAAGGGACCCCGGGCAUCGUCAUCACCAAACGAAACACGACUCAAACUCUGAGUAAGGAAAAGGGAAAACGUAAAGCACCGGAUACGCCCACACGUCCGACGCUCAACGAUCUUCCUGCCGCACUCGUCACGUUAGCGAAACAGCAAAUCGUCAAGGGAAAAAAACCGUACGGACUCGCAGGAAACGUGAAAGAGGUGGUGAAGGCGAGGAGGCUCGUCUAUCAGUAUUUGCAAGCGGAAUCGGAAGAAGAGAUGGUUGAUACGCAGGAGGAGGCGACGAAGUGGGUCAUUGAGGCUAAGUUGGAUGGGGGAAACUCCGUGGGUACGAAGGGAGGGAAGUCGAGGGCUGGGCUACCGGAUCUGAGAGUGAAAUAUUCUUGUCCAAGCUGCCAGGGCGCUAUAUGAUGCUGCGAGUGGGUCUUCGUGGCUCAGCGCCAGCGCUUUGCUCGGCCUCUGUUGCGGUUGAGUUCGUGCCGCGGCCGGCUACUCUUAUGCUCUCAUCGUGCUGUGCCGAUCCCGCGGCCGGUCUCUUUCUCAUUUUCACCGUAUUUGAACGAUAAGUAACUGAUUCAUCGCCACAUUUAUUUCGCCUUCUAAUCGAUCGGUCCUUGUUUACGUUGAGGAACAACUCAUAUUCUACCACCUGUGCUCAUAGCACUGAGGUAUGUUUCCGGUCAGGUGUCUACUACAUAUAUCCUUUGUCUUUAUUCUACCGGAGAUUGGAAUUCUUUUGGAGCAACACG